AUGGCGGACGACGAUUUGGAAGGGUGAGUGACAAUGACAUUCCAAAUCAGCGAAUCUUGAGAUCUUUUCCGCAGAGAUUCACUUGUAGACAACUUAAUACCGAAUUAAAGUUUUUUCGCAUUUUAUAUGUCGAUCAAAAGUCAUUUCUUGUCGCAGUGGUUGAUAACAGUGGAAACGAAGCAAUCGUUGUCUAAUUUACUUUCUAAGAGCAAAAGUCGCGAUGGAGAACUUUCUCGAUUUUCUUCCAGGUAUGAUGAUGACCUCGAUGAGGUCGAAGAAGAAGACCACUUUGAAGAUGUGGAUGACUUAGAGGUAAGCUUUCUAGCCAUUAUUUUCUGAAUAAGUUAAUUUAGUGGAUCUACCAUAAUUUUGACAACGCACGUGUAAUUUCGGUUACAUUUGAGUCAAACAUCACUUACUGAUUAUCAGAAUCAAAUAAAUGGAAAUUUUUAGUUUGAUAUAGUAACGAUACUCUCAGAGAGGAUAGUAAUGAUCUUUUUCCCGACAAUGUAGAAUGACGUCCCAGUUUGAAGGCACUUACAUUUCUUUCAAACUCAGAAAACCAUCGUGUCCGGAAUAAUAAUUUGUCAUGACCAAUCAUAUGUGAGAUCAGGAUGUGUAGGUAAAAUUAAAUACUAGAGUACAAGCUAAUCAGCGCUUACUGCGUGAGGCUGAGAUUUCUCACACCUGACUGAUGGCUAGCUGCCAUGUUUUCUUGCAUAGAUCAAAUUUUAUAAAGUAAUAUUCACUCUGAAGUUCAUGGUUUUCUGAGUUUCACAGUAAUCAAAAGUGGUAAAAUACUUCUUUAUAGCUAUUUUCCUUUCCUGGUGGAGGUUGUAUCUAAUAUCCUAUUGUGUUUUUUUUUCAGCCAACAGAAGACACAGAUAAUAUUGAUAUUUUACCCACAACAGGUAUGGUUUACAAUAAUUUUUGAACAGUGUUCUAUAAAAUCUCAGUUAAAUAAGGUACCGUAAUUUCCGGUCGAUUACCCGCACGGCCGAUUACCCGCACCGGCCGAUUAUUGCAUACGGCGAAAAAAAAAGUCAACGGAUUACCCGCACCGGUGGAUAACCCGCACGUUGUUAUUCAACUUUUUCGGUGGCGAAAACGUGACAUUAAGGCGAUACAUUUCAGUCUUUCGAUUCAGACAUGUGCACAAUUCUGUGUCAAUAUUAGCUUAUACUUUAUUGAUAAAAUUAUACAGUGAAAAUUGAACAGUAAAAUUAUACAGGGCGAGUGUUAAAAACUUGAAUGAUAAAGUAAGUUCAGUUCAAAAUCCAUUAAAAUCUUCAUCCUCAGUGUCACUAUUAAAUAAGUCCAUUAACUGCGCAUCGAGUACAGGAUCCAGAAUUGCGGUAGAUGUUAUUUGUUCAUCGUCACUGAUGUCGGAUGUCUGAGAUGCAUCAUCGUCGGUGCCACUUGCAAUUCCUGCUUUUCUAAAACCAUUCUUGAUGGAUGAAACUUUUACAGCCUUUACAUUAGUUAAGUUUCGCACCUAUUAUUUUCAACAUUCUGGUGAUGCAUUUGGGAUUUAAAAUUACUGUCGGCAAUUUCUCAAAAAAAUCGAUAUCUCCUGUUCUACUGGGCCUAACAAGUCCCUUAAAACGGGAAAAUUCUCUUUAGCUCAAGCUAGUGAAAACUGGAAAUUUGUUACUGAUGCGCCGGAUAUCCUUGGAUUAUUUUUGUCACCAUCAAGGUUUUGUUUUCACGCGUGCCGAUAAAAAUUUGUUUGUCACGCAACUAAUUAUGCGUGAAAUAAACUCGAGUUGGCAUCAUGUUUUCGUGCCGCUUUGUGGCACUUUUGAUACAAUAAAAUUCAUUUGAGAGGUGGAAACGCAGGUAGGUGAGAAAUUUUUUCAAUUCAACUUCCAGAAGAAUUUAAAAUUGUCACAUAACCCGCACCUCCCUAUUACCCGCAGUGGCGCGGAUUUAAUGCAAAAUCAACAGAUUACCCGCGGGUAAUCGACCAGAAAUUACGGUAAUCCAUGAGAACAAAACCAAAAACUCCAGAAGUUGUGGCCACUUGGCCUCAAAGUGUUAACCAUGUUAAGUAUAAGACAAAAGAUGAGAAAAUGUUUUUUGCAUUUUAUUUUCAUUUUAUUAAAGUAGGGAAGUUGCAUGAUCCUUCAAAGUUGCUACUACAACCCUUAUGAGUGAAUGUCUCACAAUGUCAGGCUGAAGAACAUUUUAUAACAGUUACUGGACAAAUUUAAUUGCUUAAAUGUAAUAUUAGUUCGCACUUUUUAUGUCAAUUUGCAGAAGAAAGCCAAGAACCAACAAAAAGAAUCACAACACCAUAUAUGACAAAAUAUGAGAGAGCAAGAGUAUUAGGAACUAGAGCACUGCAGAUAAGGUACUUGACCCUUUAACUCUCAGAAGUGAUUAAUAUGUAACUUCUCCCUGUAAUGUCUACAAAUUAUUCGGCAAACAGGUCAUGAGAAUACUCAAACUCAUCAGGUACAAGAUAUUAUAUUACCUUGAUUGAACACCAAAUUCUUGUAACCAAUUAACAAGGAAAUGUGUUGCAGCUAGAGGGGAGAAUUAACAAUCAGAUCUUGGGAGUUAAAGGGUUAGUUAACUCAACAAAUAAAGAAUGUUAAAGCCCUAAUGGUAGAGAUUGCAAUCUUAAUUUAUUUAGCUUUGCCUAAUUAUCUCAGGCAGGGAGACCACUACAGCUUUAGCCAAUUACAGAGGAUCCCACAUUACCAAUGACAAGGCCAGACCCCCCCCCCCCCAAUUCCCAGUAAACAGGCCAGACUACAUCACAGUAAUCUCGUUAGUGGGUUCUUUAACGUCCCCUGCCUAACCAAAUAGACUAAUUAAUAGAAAAAGGAGACAGGACCUACGGUUUAUUCGUCCUCAUCCGAGAAGACUAGAAUGUCUAUCCAUUUCUUGACAUUAUAGAAAGGUAGCACAUUCUCCUCAGUUAUUUUAAGACCUUGGUGUUGGUCCGGCUGGGGCUCGAACCCUCAAUCUCCCGCACAACAGUCCAGUGCUCUAACCAAUUGAGCUAACUGGGAGGCGGUCUAAGAUUUUAAGUUAUACUUUGGCUACAGACUAUUUCAGUCCAUUCUGGCAAGACCACAAUUUUUAUCUGUUGUGUUUUGAUAACCAGUAUGGGUGCCCCAGUUAUGGUGGAACUUGAAGGUCAGACAGAUCCUCUACAGAUAGCCAUGAAGGAACUCAAGUAAGAAUUUUAAUGAAUUUUUUUUUAACAGAGUAUUUAAGGUAAAACUUACAGCGUAAUUAGUUUAACAGCCCGUACCAAGUUGUCUCAGCAAUGUAAUCCAAAGAGAGUUUUUAAUAUCUCUACUUAGAUCUCUGUUUUGUGAUAGUUGAUGUGUGCUAAGCCAGAAUAAACUACUACAUGGAAAUCAAGGCUUAAUUAUCUACAUGUACAGUGGGCAGCAUAGCCAAUGGGAUUGCAGCAUCUAUGAUAUAAUUCAUACAGAUUUAUGAUAAUAUUUAUUAGACUAUAUGACAAAUGACCCUGGAAAAAUAGUUGCAGAAGUUGCAAACCUCUUAAUUCUUUUUCAAUAUUAUUUCAGAGCAAGAAAAAUCCCCAUUAUUAUUCGGCGAUAUCUUCCAGACGGAAGCCAUGAAGACUGGGGGAUAGAUGAACUGAUCAUCACUGAAUAAAACUGCAUUGGUGGUAGUUUAGUUGUCAGCAUUUGUUUGAUGUUUUGAUGGCUUACUUAUGUGUGCUUCUUAGUUCAUUUUAUGUCCAUAUUUACUAAU